CGUUCACUUGCUGUAGAAGCUAAUAGAAAGUAUAUUUCGAUUCUCAGGAAUCAGAAAAUAAACACCUCCGUCAAACCGGUAAAGAGCAUUAGACUGAGGCCAGGAUGUUCUUGCAAAAUUUCACUUUCUAACGAUUUACUUUCAACAAAACCGAUUCAAAAC